AUGGACGGGGAAGAGGAUGAGUUUAUGUCCGGGAACCAGUCCGACGAUGGAGGUGGAACUCCAGUGCAGGACGAACAUCCGACAUCAGAGGCUGAAGACGAGCGGAGCGACGGGCACCAGUCCGAGGACGAGGGCAGUAACAACGAGGCCCCACAGCCUAUGGACACCAGCGGAGCCAUGAGCGAUUCAGACGCAGAGGCUCCAAAGGACGAGGAUAGCGACGACGAGAGCCCUGUGAAAGGACGCAAAGACGACAGCAGCGAUGACGAGAGCCCCACGAAACCACAACACGACCACAGCGAUAUCGAGAGUCCAGCAAAGGAGCGGGACGACAGCAGUGACGAGGACCGGCCCGCACAGAGACAGGACAGCGACAACGACAGUCCCGCCAAACCACACGAUGAUAGCAGCGACGACGAGAGCUCCAGGAAACAACACAGGGACCAGAGCGACGCAGAGAGUCCGGCCAAACAUCGAAACGGCAUUAGCGAGAGCGAUGACGAAACCACGGCAACAAACGAUAACAGAAGCCACACGAAGGAGGGGGUUGAGAACAGUGACAAUGAUGAAGACGGAGACCGAGCAGUGAAAUCUCCUAUAACCAAAAUGAGCAGGAGUGAUGAUGACGAGGAGCCGCCAGCGAAACGACAGAAAUCUGACCAAGAGGGGGAGCCGUCGAGUUCCCCCAGGAGCAGAGGGUCUGACCAGGAGGGAGGGGACAAGAGGGGGUCUGAUUCUGAAUCUGAGGGAGAAGUGAGGAAGAGGAAGAGACAGUUGGACUCUGAGGAGGAGGGGGACGAGGCGAAGGGUGAGGGAGGAGGGGGGGGGGGAGGCAGGUGGAAGGGGGUGAUGCAGUCGGACAGUGAGGAAGAAGAGGGGGAGAGGACGAAGGCUAAGAGUGACACGGAACAAGAUGGAGGACAGAAGGACGACGAAGAGGACAAACCAGUCAAAAGGAAGAAAGCCAUUUUGUCGGACAGUGAAGACGAGGACGAAGACAAAACAGACAAACCAGUGUCUCCAGUGAAGCGCAGUGGUGCUGUGUCGGACGGAGAGGACUCAGACUCUGGUUCCUCCUCUGGACCAGACCAGACUUUAGCCAAAUUGCGGGAGCUGGGGUCUGCCAGCGAGGAGGACGAGCCCAAAGAGGAGGCGCAGAAGGACGAGAAGGCUCUGUUUGGGAGCGACAGCGAGGAGGAGGAUGCCGAGGAGAAGAUGAUCGCUGACAUCUUUGGAGAAUCUGGAGACGAGGAGGAGGAGUUCACCGGCUUUAACCAGGAGGAUCUGGAGCAGGAGAACGAGGCUCCUCAGCAGGAGCAGCAGCAGGAGGAGUCAGACUCUGAUGAGGGAGUGGAGCGCGGAGCCAUAGACACCAGUCACAUGUCAGACUUUGACAUCAUGUUGGCAAAGAGAAAAGCCAUGAACAGUAAACGGAGGAAACAUCGCGAUGGAGGCGGGACUUUCAUCAGCGACGCCGACGACGUGGUCAGCGCCAUGAUCAACAAGAUGACCGAGGCGGCAGAGGAGGAUAGGACGCUCAACAGUCAGAAGAAACCUGCUCUGAAGAAACUUACACUGCUGCCCACAGUCGUCAUGCAUCUGAAGAAGCAGGACUUAAAGGAGACGUUCAUUGACAGUGGAGUGAUGUCGGCCAUUAAAGAGUGGAUCAGUCCUCUGCCCGACAAGAGUCUGCCAGCUCUGAGGAUCCGAGAGGAGCUGCUGCGAAUCCUACACGAGCUGCCCAGUGUGAGUCAGGAGACUCUGAAACACAGUGGAAUCGGUCGAGCUGUGAUGUUUCUCUACAAACAUCCAAAAGAAUCUAGGAACAACAAGGACCUGGCCCUCAAGCUCAUCAAUGAAUGGUCUCGUCCAAUCUUUGGCCUCACAUCAAACUACAAAGGGAUGACGAGAGAAGAACGACAGCAGAGAGACCUGGACCAGCAGAUGCCCCAGAAACGGAGACUCAGUCAGCCACAGAAGGUUGAGAGAGCUUUGGAAACGGACGUCUUCUCUCCACCAAUCAGCUCUGGAGGGCAGACGCCGCGUCGAGACCUGGAGAAGCAGCUCACUGGUGAAGAGAAAGCCCUUAGACCAGGAGACCCGGGCUUCUGUGCCCGCGCCCGGGUGCCCAUGCCCUCCAACAAGGACUACGUGGUGCGACCCAAGUGGAACGUGGAGGGGGACUCGACUCGGUUCAUGAGGAAAGGCCUCAGUCUGUUGGAGAAACACAAGCGUCGUUUUGCUGAGGAGAGGAAACAGAAGCGACACACAGGGUACUGCACUGGCACGGUGAAGAAGGGAAUCUCUCGUGUGGACAAACAGAUGCGUCGGUUCCAGGACAUCCGUCGCUCGUCUAAAACAGGACACGCAGUGAAGAUCUCUGUGGAGGGGAACAAGAUGCCUCUCUGA